GGUAGAUUUAAUUUCUAGGUAGACUUGUCUGGUAACCGAUUUACUUGCUAAAACUCCGAGUUCACCUUUCAUGGUCAUAAUCUACGUCAACCCAUAUUUUUUUCAUUGGUCAACCACCUAAAUAAAAAUUGACACCCUGUUCAACCUCUCCCUACCUAUUAUUCCUAAUUCCUCCCUUCUUCUGCCCCAGUUGUAAUUUAGUUACUCCGUACACUUUCCAGAUCUCACUUCCCACGAGUUCCGAACCCACGAGUUUUCUUCAACUCCUACCAUCUCUAAUCUAGGUAGAGAAUUACAAAUUCCACAACUUAUUAUUCUGUACAACUUCGAUCGAUUUAAGCUUUGAGAAUCAUAAAUAGCAAAAAGUUGCGAUCAUGGGCGCAAAAGCGGGCUUCGCCCUAAAAUUGGUGCAGUGGUUCUUUCGCGGUAUUCAGUUCUGCUGCAGUGCACUCAUCCUCGCCCUAUUCUCAUACUUCCUUGCGACCCUCACCAGCCGCCAUCUAACGAUACCAACAUGGACUCGUGCGGUUGAAGGUAUCUCUGGUGUUGGUGUACUCUACACAGUCCUCGGUCUUCUACUUUUGUGUUGUCUGGCUGGUCACCCUUUCACCUCAUUCAUCGCCAUUGUUUUGGAUAUCUGCUUCAUCGGCGGUUAUAUCUACGUUGCUAGUGCCAAUAGAGGAGGAGCUAGCAGCUGUACCGGCCAGGUCGACACCCCCUUCGGUACGGGUGAAGCAUCAGACCUGAUCGAUAACAAGCACCCGACGUACCGACAAGUUUGUCAGAUGCAGACAGCUUGCUUAGCCGUCUCGAUAGUAGCUAUCAUCUUCUUCGUCUUCUCCGCUCUCCUCGAAGUUGUGCUCGUCCGCCAACGCCGCAAGGAGCAAAGAUUUGGCCCCAGCCCAGCUAACAACUAUACGUCUGGAUACGCCAAGCGCCGGGGUCUAUUCGGUCUCUUCCGCCGCAAACAGACUGCUGACACCACAGACCCCAAUGUGUUACCUGAGCACACGCACCCAGACCAAAUGCGUCCAAGCUACAACACCGAGACUACUGCUGUCGGUCCUGAGCCCACGACGUACAGCAAGUACGGGUACGACGGUCAGACAGCUUACCCCGAGACUGGUACUGCUACCGCGCAUACCCAGCCGGCUGGAUACCGUUACUAAGCGCAGUUGAGUCUGCCAAUCAAUGAACGAGGAGGAGGCUUUUCAUGGAUGUAGGUCGAGUGUUGCCUCGAAAUGCAUGGAAAGGAAUUGUACGAGUCGGAUGUGAUACCCUGCAUAGGUUUGACAUGUGGAUGGUUGUCACUCUUUGCUUCAUCGGAAUCGGAAUGAGAUUGUCUGGAAUGGCUAGGGAUAAUGUGGCUUAAUGACACUUUCGAAUGAGGAUUACCGACCGUGAGGUCGUGUACAUAGGGACUAAUUGUGGCAUGAAUACUGGCUUUCUGGCUACCAAAGUGCUAUCAAAUGAGAUUAGUAAAUCAAAAAAGUAAAAUUGGGAA